CAAUUCCUCUGUCUGCACAUGCUUAGUGGAAUCCGGGGGGCACCUCCCUGCACCUUGGAAAUGCUUGGAGCAUGCCUAACUGGAGAAGCAAACUCUUUUUCAAACAAUGUUGUAAUUUGACUUUCCCCAAAGGGCUGGUGGCCGCCAUGCACUCUGUUGGGUAAUCCUCGAGUGUUGGAGAGCAUGAGCCCUGGUUUGAUCUCUAUCUGUGUGCAAUAGGGUGACCAGACAGCAAACGUGACAAAUCCGGACAGGGGGUGGGUGGUAAUAGGAGCCUAUAUAAGAAAGACCCAAAAAUCGGGACGCUGUAUAAAAUCGGGACAUCUGAUCACCCUAGUGUGCAAAAAAAUGUGGCCAGAAUGGAUUAACUUUCAGAAACACUGUUUGGGGAAGGGCUGUAUCUCAGGAACCCAUUGGCCGAAUGGCCCCCAAUUUGGAUCACUGACCUGGCCCUGAACCCCCAUAAGACACGCCAAAUUUAAAGACAACCCAAGUAACUGUACAGAUUUUUGAGCACUUAGAACAGUCAAGCUUAAAACAGAAAGUUGGUCUUAUCUAUAGCAUAGCUACUGCUCUGCUACAAUACAAAAACGCUGCAGCCCUGUGAUAGGGUAUGGCCAGCCCCACCCUGAGGCCCGGUCUACACUACAAAGUGAGGCUGAUGUAAGCUGCCUUGUGUCAGUCUAUUUGUGAAUAUGUCUAUAGUGAAAUUUGUCUCUAGCUGAGGUAGGCAGCCCGCCACAGCGACCCAGUGAAACCACCUCUCGGAAUGCUGUGGAGCCAUGGCUGACCUAAUGAGGUCAAUGCGUGACCUGUGCUGAUCUUAGCAGUCCUCCAGCAGCUGUCCUACAAUGGCUACUCCCUGCAACAGUGACCGCUGUGGUCACGAUUAUGAAUUCCACUGCUCAGGGGUCACAGAGAGCAAAAGCCAGGCGCCCCCUUAAGCCCCCCACCCUUGUAUUUGUGAAAUGCCUUUUCCUGAUUGCCCAGUUUGGCAAGCACACCUAGCAGCUCUCCCUUGUUGUGUGCAACUGCCCUACUGACCAUGCUGGCUCCAUGCACUGGACAUGCCCUGCCUGGAGUAGACAGGAGGGAUUGGAUCUCCUGGGCCCAUGGGGAGAAGAGGUUGUACAGGCACAGCUAUGGAUCAGCUGUAGAAAUGUGGACAUCUCUGGAAAGAUCGAACAGGGGCUGGAGGCAAAGGGGUACGACAAGGAUCAGCAGCAGUGCCACGUGAAAAUCAACUGCAGCAAGCAUACACAAGGCCAGGAAGCACAAUUGAUCUGCUGCUGAGGCGCAGUCCUGCUGCUUUUCCAACAAGCUCCAUGACAUACCUCAUGGAGACCCCACCAGCACCCUCCAGACCACUGUGGGUGCCUUGGAGGAGCCUGAGACAGCGACUCCUGCUAGGAACAGUGGGAAGGAGGAAGAUGAGGGGUGGAUGUAGCUGGAGGGCUCCAGCCAUGCCAUGAGUCAGGACCUGUUAGAGACUCCACCACAGUCUAGCCAAUCCCACCAACUGAGCACGCACAAGCCCAAUCCAGGGGAAGGGACCUCGGGUAAGUGUAUGCAUGCAUUUUUCCUUAUAGUGUUUAAAUUUAAAGAUGGUGCCUGGCCUCUCCUAUGCCCACAGAAGCUCCUUGCAGUCAAAAUGACAUCUCAGUGGCAGGAGUGUCCAGAGAUUGCGGAGCUAGUUCAAGGUCUCCAGAACCAAGUGGUCCAGCUACAAUGGGAAAAUAUCUUCCUGCACUUGCAGGUCCCAGUGGUCCUGGACCCCCACAUCAUUAGCUGAGCCAGCCCAGGAUGUAUGCCCAAAGAUCCUGCUAUCAGAGCGGUUUGAUGGGAACCGUCAGAUGUUUCAGGGGCUUCUCAACAACGUCGCCUGCUGCUCCUGUUGUGCUAAAUGUACCUGAACGACCAAACCAAGGCUUCCCCGGCGUGAGGCUGGCCCAGCUGCCCGCCCAGUGGCUCCAUGACGAGGGAGGUGCCCGUCUGGAUGGUGCCCAGGUAGGGAGGAGCCAGCGCCCACCAUGCCCUACGCCCUCCCUCCUCUGCACUGCGCCCUCAAGAUGAUGUCCCGCAAGAAGGCGCUGCUGCUGCUGCUGCUGGCACUCAGCACCCUUAGCCUGCUCAUCCACCAGAGCACGCACCUCAACUGGUCCCCCAAGCCUUCCUCCCCGGGCUGCCCCCCAGCCCCCUCGUCCCGCCCCAAGCACACCUCGGUGGCCUUCCUGAAGACCCACAAGACAGCGGGCACCACAGUGCAGAACAUCCUUUUCCGCUUCGCUGAGCAGCACAACGUGACGGUGGCGCUGCCCCACCACGCCUGCGACCACCAGUUCUGCUACCCCCGCAACUUCUCCGCCCGCUUCGUGCACCCACACACCCUGCCCCCCCGCAUCAUCGCCAGCCACCUGCGCUUCCAGCGUCAGGAGCUGCACCGCCUCAUGCCCAACGACACGCUCUACGUCACCAUCCUGCGCGAGCCCGUCGCCAUGUUCGAGUCACUCUUCACCUACUACAACCAGUACUGCUCCGCCUUCAAACGGGUACCCAACGGCUCCAUGGAAGCCUUCCUGGCCAACCCGCUGGCCUUCUAUCGCCCCCAGGAGAAGUUCUCCAUGUACGCCCACAACACCCUGCUCUACGACCUUGGCGGGGACAACGACCACAGCCCCGCCGACCCCGCCUACCUGCCCGGCUUCAUCCGCCAGAUGGAGGAGGUCUUCUCGCUGGUGAUGAUCGCCGAGUACUUCGACGAGUCACUGGUGCUGCUGCGCCACCUGCUCUCCUGGGACCUGGAGGACAUGCUCUACGUCAAGCUCAACAUGCGCGGUCCCCGGUCCAAGGGCAACGUCAGCUCAGAGGCGCUGGCCACCCGGAUCCGCGCCUGGAACGGGCUGGACGCCCAGCUCUACGACCACUUCAAUGCCACCUUCUGGCGCAAGGUGGCGCAGGCAGGGCGGGAGUGCGUGGCGGAGGAGGUGCGGGCGCUGCGCCGGGCCUGCGAACAGCUGCUGCGCCGCUGCUUCGGGGGGCGGCCCCAGCUGCGCCCCGCCACGCAGAUCAAGAACAAGGAGCUGCGGCCCUGGCAGCCCAGCUCCAAGGUGGACAUUGUGGGCUAUGACCUGCCUCCGGCUGUGCCCGGCUCAGGUGCCCCCCCUGACGAGCGCUGCCUCAAGUUGGUCAUGCCUGAGGUGCAGUACUCCCGCUAUAUGCUGCGCAAGCAGAGCCUGCGUACCCGCCGCAGGGCCAUGCUCCACCGCCCCCUGCCCCCCCGGGGAGUCCCGCGCCCAGCCAGGGCCCUCCCACUCCGCCACCCCGCAAUGCCCAAGGCAGCCUGAACAGGGGCUGGGACCUUAGCCCAGAUUAGAGACUCACACCUGGGCGUGGGGCUGUGCAGGCAUCGUGGACCUGGCUUUCUGUGCCCCCCUGCCCUCAGAUCGGCCUUUGCUGGCCCCCUGCUCCCUCCCUGGGACAGUCCCCAUCCUGCACAACAGCCCCACUCCCUCCCCCUGCAUUCCACGUCCCUUUGGGAGGGCUGGAUCUGAACUGAACGCCAUUGAGGCCUGAUCUGGCACUGGGAAGCUGCCCCCUUCCUGAGCCUGCGUCGGGUCCAUUUGCAGGUUCUGGAUGGUUUGCAUGUGACCUGGAUUUGGAAAUCCACCAAUCACAGCCUGGGGACUGAGGCAGCGGGAGCCUGGGAGGGACGCCCAGCAACUCAGCACGGAACAACAGUGUCUAUGGUUUGGGGCCAAGAUGGUGGCCGCCCCCAACUCCAGCCUUUCUCCACUAGUGCUCCUCCGCCCCAGCAUUGGCCCAUACCUCCCCCUAGUGCUGCCACUCACAUGCGGACAUAGCACUUCAUGGGAGACACAGGGCCCAGGUCAACCCUGGGGAGGCGGGACUUGAACCCCUGCCCCAGGUAACAGAGCAGGGCCCCUCACACUAGCACCGGGGUUGCAGGAGAGAACCUCCCCUGGCCAGGCACACAACACCACACAGCCUAUCGCACACAGACACCCCCCAUCACUCGCAGAGCACCCCCUCAUCACAGAUAGCGCACACAUCCUAUCAGUCCCCACCCCCACUUGUGUUUACCCACACACCUUGCACACAGUGCUUAAUCUGUCAUGAAACAGGUGCCGGGGCUCAAGCCAUUUUUUUUCAUUCAUACCUGAUGCAACAAGCCCAGAGGUGCUGGGGCUAGGCACUGCCAGGCCCAGAGGUGCUGGGGCGCCGCCCUGACAAGCCCUGGCCCAAAUUAAACACUGGUUGCACACGUGCACAGUGUCACACACACAAUCACUCACAGCUGGCCCCCUGUGCAAUCACACACACACACCCCUCGCCAGGGUGCCACACUGGUGUGGCAAGGCGACAGUGUCCCAGCAGGGAGUGACUCCCUCCCUGAGACCCCAAGGGGGCACAGCCUGCUCCUCCCGCCCCAUGAGCCAUUCCCUGGGUAAUGGGUUCCCAGGAAGAGGCUGAUGCUGAACAACUGUCAGGGGGAUGGGAACCUGCCCCCAAUAAAGGACUCUGUGAGGUGCCUGGUCUGCUCUGGUGUCUGUGG